GCACAAGUGUGCCUCUCCUGCUGGGCUCUCCUCACUCCGCUGGGGAACAAGAGAGAGCAGGAUGUGAGCGCUGCACCCCACGCUGCCGAAGCUGCAUGACAUCUCGCGGUCCCACCUUUCCCGUGGAACAGCUUAGGUUUUCUGCUAAGAACUAAAUCUGAAGACUCUCAAGAAACCCCAGGCCAAGUCAACUUGCCAAAGUUUUGCUGGCACCGGAGCCUUGCUGAAGAGGGAGAGGGAGAGAGACACAUACACAAAGAAAAAGUUUCUUUUAAAUUCUCCAUGAAGUGUAUUACGUUCUGCCAUUCAUUCCCAAAGCCACAGGAAGCAUUCCACUUGGGAAAGGGAGUCGGUGAGAAGCGGAGGUGAGAAGGUACCUGGGACAACAGAUGCCUUUGUUUUCCCUGCGGGGACAGUGUUAGAGCCUAGUGUGGCUUGGCAAAGCUGCAAAGAUGAAUGGCAGCAGCAGCAGUACUGUGGGCCAGCUCCUGUGGCAGAGGCCAAUGUGCAUCAGCUGGAAGCCGGACAUGGAAGGGGCCGUUUACCACCUGGCCAGCUGCAUUCUGCUCCUGGGCUUCAUGGGGGGCAGCGGGGUGUAUGGCUGCUUCUACCUUUUUGGUUUUUUGGGUACAGGCUACCUGUGCUGUGCGCUGUGGGGCUGGUUCCAUGCCUGUGGCCUGGACAUUGUCCUUUGGAGCUUCCUGCUGGCCAUGGCUUGCGUGCUCCAGCUGGCUUACCUGGUAUACCGUCUGCGUGAGGAUACCCUCCCUGAGGAAUUCAACCUCCUGUACAAGACGCUCUGGGUGCCCCUGCAGGUGCCCCUGCAGACGUACAAGGAGAUUGUCCACUGCUGUGACGAGCAGGUGUUGACACUGGCCACGGAGCAGACCUAUGCCGUGGAGGGUGAGACACCCAUCAACCGUCUGUCCCUGCUGCUCUCUGGCCGGGUCCGUGUGAGCCAGGACGGGCAGUUUCUGCACUACAUCUUCCCCUACCAGUUCCUGGAUUCUCCCGAGUGGGAAUCGCUGCAGCCCUCAGAGGAAGGAGUGUUCCAGGUCACCCUCACAGCUGAGACGGAAUGCAGCUAUAUUUCCUGGCCCCGGAAAAGCCUCCACCUUCUGCUGACCAAGGAGCGGUACAUCUCGCGCCUCUUCUCGGCCCUGCUGGGCUAUGACAUCUCAGAGAAGCUCUACACUCUCAACGAAAAGCUCUUUGCUAAGUUUGCACUGCGCUUUGACAUUCGCCUGCCCAGCCUCUACCACGUGCUGGGGCCCGCUGCCCCAGACACAGAGCCAGAGUCUGAGAAGGAUGAUGAGGAAGCCCGUGUGCCAGCCAUGUCUCCUCCUCAAGCCACGGCCACCUCCGCCCAGCACACGUCCCCUUGGGCUCCCUCUCCAGCUGCCACCAACUUUCCUGCACCUCCUUCCAGGGCCAGGAUGUCCAGACCCGACAGCGGCAUCCUGGCUUCUAGAACUCCACUCCCGAGCCACUCUGCAGUGAUAACCCGAGGACAGGCCCCUCUGGCUCCAACCCACACUCCUGAACUUUGAGCAUUAGAGGGCCAUCCUUUCCCCCACGGGCAGCAUGGCUAUCUGUUGUGUUUGCAAACUUCUCCCCUGCCCUGCCAGAAAUGAACUCAUGGGCAAGGGGGGCAAACUGAGAAGAACCCAGCACUGCUGCUACACGGAGGGAAAUCUACCCUCCAGAGCCUUCCUUCCCAGAGAGGGCAAUCAAGACCACCCCUUACCACUGCAAUCAGGAGCCUCUACACAGUGGGGGUUACAAAAGGCACCUCACAGAUGAACUAAUCUGUAUUAAACACCUGCAACCUGGUGUGGCACCCAGUAAGCACCCAAUAAAUCACUCAGCUCCUUGCCACAUGUUGUCUGUUUGAAUAUUCCCAAGAAUCAAUGGAGUCAUCCAUCCAGGAACUUUGCACUCAAUUUUUGUUUUGUUUUGUUUUGUUUUGUUUUCCCAGUAAAAUUCAAUGUAUGUAAGUAGAAAUGUAAAAAUGUAGUUUUCUCUUAAGCUUUUAAAUUCAACUUACAAGUUACUUGUUCAUUUGUAAGCCUAUUACUAAACAAUAAUUUUUAGAUUUUUUUACAAAUGCAGUUAGAUUACCUUAAACAUUUAAAAAAUAUGUAAGUUUAAUGUAUUCUGUUUUUUCCCCUCCAUGAGUACUUCAUUGCUCUAAUGCCUGUCCCUAAACC